GCGACAACAGAGUGAAAGGAUACGAAGAACAGCAAAGAUCACCUUUUCUGAGUUUCAGUGCAGCUGCAAAUCUUCAUGCAGGACAGGAACAUGCAACCCUCUGUUAUAAUCAGCUGUUUUUUAGUAAACCUCAUCCUUCAGACAGGUCAGUUGGCUCUAAUAGAAACAGAGGAGACUGUGUGGGCAGCAGUAGGUGAUCAAGCCUCUCUAAGCUGUCAGCUCACUGAGGAUAAAGACGUCCUCCAGAUCACCUGGCAGAAAGUCCGCCAUGAUGAACAGAAGAAUCUGGCCACCUACACCAAGAAAUAUGGUCACAGCGUAAGAAUUGAUCUGGUAGAGAAGAUGGAUUUUCAGUGUGAAGAUCUUCAGAGCUGCUCCAUGGUGAUCAGGAAGGUGAUGGAGGAGGAUGAAGGCUGCUACAAAUGUCUGUUUAACACCUAUCCUAGAGGAGCCCUGAUAGGCAGAACCUGCCUCAGACUCUAUGAGCUGCAUGAACCCGUCCUUGAUGUCAGCAGAUCAGAGUCUCCUGCAGAGUCAGUUGUGUCCUGUUCAGCCACAGGUCGACCUGCUCCCACUGUAACACUGACUGUUCUACAGCAGAACCUCAGCUUCUCCCACUACAACAGCAGCAGUGUGACCCACAGCAACGGUACAGUCACCGUCACCACCACAGCUCUGCUGUCAGCUUCCAGCAGCACACAGGUUGGAUGUUCAGUGUCAGUGCUCUCUGCUGCUCCCAGAGAGAAGCUGCUCACUGUUCAUGGACACGAAGGUAUGGUAUGGGGGCCUGGUGCCUUUCUUGGGAUGACUCACCUCAGAGUCUUCCACACCUCAGCUAUGUCAAGGUUGAGUACCUCCUCUCCCUGA